CGCAACCUUCUAAACAGUGCUGAGUAAUGUACGACACCUACAGCAGUUCUUGCAAUGUCUGUAUUAAACUGGAUUCCUAAAACGUUAACAAAAGUGGUACUACAGUUCAGAACAUCGAAAUGCCUGCCACAGGCUUCAUAUCCAAUAGGCCGCAGUAUCUGGGGCUAUGUGGCAGUCGCCUUCAACCAAGUGGAUGCGGAGCGUCUCGCCAAGGUGGGUCCAAAUAGGCUUUGUGCCGAAUGGAUUGUGAAAAAUGGAGGCGGUGUGAGGUUUGUGGACAACCCGACUAAGUUGUGGAAGGACUACAACUCGCUGCCGGCGGAGACGACCAAGUUUGCCAUCAAAGUCGUGGAUGCCACUAACGCAUCCAUAAUGAAAAUUGGACUGGCUCAUUUCAAGGGAUGUAAUUCAAUUGACACAGUCAUCUUUCACAACUGCAAGCAUCUGGAAAACGAUGGAUUGGAAGGAUUGCGGCACAUCAGAAGUUCGCUGGAGCGGCUUCAAGUUUCCGGCUGCUAUGACAUCAGCGAUUCUGGUCUGGGCGUAAUAGGCGAACUCAAAAACUUGAAGCAACUGCUUAUAUUUGAUAUGCUUUACGUAAAGAACAUGGAACAAGUGGCUCUUGAGCUGAAGAAGCAGCUGCCAGAUUGCGACAUCAAAGCCACUAAAUUGGGCGUUCAGUUGAAAGAGAAGUAAUAAAUGUUGAUACAACAAAAUGC